AUGCCGCUAUCCGACGAGCACUGGCGGCGGUUCGGCCCGCUAGCCGCGGGCGCGCUGUUCGGUGCGGCGUGGUGGAUAUGGGUGGACGCCGUCGUCUGCAAUUCCUCCACCGUGCCCUUCCUGCACUACGUCCCAGGCAUAUUCGCAACAGUGGCGGCGAUGAUGUUCAACGCCGUGCACCGCGACGAGCUGCACGACUACUCGCCCUACGACGAUGGCGCCGGCUGCAGGUCACGCACGUGGCUCUUCCUGGCGUAUGUCAUCGCCUUUGCAUCGCUGGCAGGGGCGGCGGGGAUGCUCAUAAAGGACGCGUCGCCGCCCAGCACGUCCUCGUGGCCCGGCGCUGCCGGCGUCUUCCAGUGCGCCUUCAUCAUCGCCAGUGGCCUUGUGUACUGGCUCUCACGCUCCUCUGAGUCAUCGCCCUCCUACUUCUGA